UGAUCCAUUCUUAUGUGUGGGGAGGGUCUGCUGUCGGAUUUUACUCUAUUCAGUUAGAUGUUUCAUUUCAUUUAUCAAUGGUUUUACUAAGUUUAUAUGGAAAUAUCUGAUGAGCAGCAUAAAUGAAGUCCCAUAAAGAAUGGAGAUAUGUAAUUCUCAAAAUUCUUGUUACUGAUGGAUGCAAAGCUGAAUAUGUACUGCAACAGUGCCAUUGGCACUCUCCUGAACUGAAUAUGUACGGCAACAGUGCCACUGGCACUCUCCUCAGAGGACACCAUCAAUGGGAAGAGACAAGCAAGUGGAGGCCUUUGGCUCUGUCCGGAAAUGGAUCGCAAACCUCCCAGAAAUUCCUUUAGCCUGCAGGAAAAAGGAAACCAAAACUAUUGAGAAGAGGAAUUGUACAAUACUCUGACAGAUUCAACAUCCACACAUCCACAGUGCUGAGCAGGGCAUAAUUGCAGUUUGGGGGCUACUUCCUCAUACAAAUACAAAUGGAGAAGCUCAACCUGGUGAACAGUGUGCUAUUUACUAGUAGAUGGGCUAAAACUGGUUUAUACUAUGAGACUGUGCAGGAGAUUUUCAAGACGGUUCACCACAAUGCUUACCACGAAGAUCCUUAUGCAAAGGAGUUUGGCAUCAAAAUCAGUGAGAAACUUGCUUCGGUUGAAGCACGCAUUUUACCUGCACCUUGGCUUAAAUACCAUGACACUGGUAGAGAAAAGGAUUGCUUGCCCCAAGUUGGUCAAUGGAAUAUGAUGAACAAGAUUUCCCAACUGAAGUUCGGAAGUAGUGAAACUUUUUUCUGAAAACAAUUUCCCGACAACAUUUGCAGGUUUGUUUUCCAGGCCAAUUGCAACUAUUCAAGUUCCAACUAUCAACAUUUGCAAGUAACAAGCCAUAUAUGUGAACAUGGCACACGUACAAGAUCCAAGCUGAUCAUCAGAUGAGACCCACGAUCUUGUUAAUAUGAAAAUGGGGAGAGGGAUAACCUCUCCAACCAGCAAAGAGACAAAACCCUGCUCCAAGACUGAAGGAAAGCACACAAUCCCAUAGCUAGAGUUUUCUUAAUAUUUCUGACAUGGGUUUCUCUUAUCUUCUGAUUUUUCUACAGUUGAUUCAGAAUUUCUUUCUCACUUGAAUUGGGUUCUUAUUUUUCUUUCUUAAUUUUGUUCCCAUAUCCAGGUGGGGAAUGGUGCAAU